UUAUAUGUAGCAGUCGAAGUUUAAAAUGUGGCUGCCCAAGUUCCUGUUUUAUGGAUUUGCGGUUGUUUGGGUUUGUGCCGAGGAAGAUGUACAAUUGAAGAUUCCUCAGGGUUCAUUGAAAGGUUUGAAGACCGAAACAGUUUUUCACAACAAGCCGUAUUACAGUUUUAAGGGUAUCCCCUAUGCGAAACCGAAUGUCGGUUCGGACAAGUUUCAGAUAUCAGAACCAGCUGAACCAUGGGAAGACGUGUACGAUGCAACCAUGCAUCGUUCUGCUUGCCCAUUCUAUUGCAUAAUCAAAAAGGGUAUAAUCGGUGAUGAGGAUUGUCUCUAUCUGAAUAUUUAUACUCCAGUUUUGGACAAAGAAGCGCGUAAAGCUGUUAUGAUAUGGAUUUAUCCCGGUGGUUGGAACAGUGGCAUGGGGGAUGAUAUCUUGUUUGGUCCAGAUUUCUUGGUGGAGAAAGACGUGGUGCUUGUUACAUUUAACUUCAGACACGGGGCACUUGGAUUUUUGAACACCGAAGAUAAAAGCGCUCCCGGAAAUGCUGGUAUGAAGGAUCAAGUGUUGGCGUUGAAAUGGGUGAAGGAUAAUAUACAUUACUUUGGCGGUUGUCCCAACAGAGUAACUAUUUUUGGUGAUAGUUCAGGUGGUGCUUCUGUUCAGUAUCACAUGUUAUCUCCCAUGUCUGAAGGUUUGUUCAACGCUGUCAUACAGCAAAGUGGGACAGUGCUUAAUCCAUGGGCGAUAACUUACAAUCCAAGAGAACAAGCCUUUAUGUUGGGUGAAGCUUUGGGGAUAAAAACUACAGAUUCUAAGGAAUUAGUCGAAAAAUUGAGCGAGUUCCAUGUUAAAGAUAUCAUUGCAGCAAGUGGCGAAAUAAUGAAGAAACAGAACGUAUUAUCUGGGCAUAUGAAUGCUUUCGUUCCAUCCAUUGAAGUCGAUCUGGGACAAGAUAUAUUCCUCCCGACUGAUCCUUGGACCCUGUUAAAAUCUGGAAGAAUUGCAGAUGUGCCCGUGAUGUCUGGAAUUACGGCCGAUGAAUGUGCAUUUAUGGCACAAAAUAUGAUAGAUAGAAUCGAAGUAUUAAACACGGAACCGGAGCAAUUUUUGCCAGACGAUUUGAAUUACACUGAUUCGAAUACGAAGAAGGAAAGUGGACAAUGUUUGAAAAAAUUCUAUUUUGGGGAGAAGCAAGUGUCGAAAGAUAAUUUGAACGAAUAUAUCAGGAUGUUGAGCGAUAUUUUCUUCGAUGCUGGAGAGCUAUUAUCGCUCGAUAUCAUGAAAAAUCGAAUUUCGUCUCCUAUUUAUGAAUAUCUGUUCUCUUAUGAAGCGCCGACUGGUUUUAUGAAAAGUUUAUUUGGUGUUAGCGAUGGAGUUGCACAUGCCGAUGAUGUGGGUUACUUAUUUUAUUCCAAUGUUUUCAAGAAUUUACCUGAACCAGAUUCCUCAGCAGAGAAGAUGAUAAAUAUUAUGACCAAAAUGUGGACAAAUUUUGCAAAGGAUGGAAAUCCAACAUCGGUAUUAGACGAAGAUGUGACAGUGAAUUGGGAGCCAAUGGGAAGUGAUAAUAAUUAUCUUAACAUCAACGAAGAACCAAAGCUAGAGAAAAAUCUAAUGAGUGAUAAAUUCGAUUAUUGGAAAGAGAAAUAUAAAAAUGCCAUGCCAUAAAUUCUUUAAUAUCUCUAUCAAUUUCUCUAUUCGAAUUAAACAAAUAGAUAUCUACGUGCAAUAAAAUAA